GUGGACUCUCACUACUGCCCCAGCUGCCUGGAAAACAUGCCUUCAGCUGAAGCCAAGCUGAAAAAGAAUAGGUGUGCUAACUGUUUUGACUGCCCGUGCUGCAUGCACACCCUUUCCACCCGGGCCACGAGCAUUCCUGAAAAACCAGCCAAGACUACCAUGAAGAAAGCAUAUUACUUGGCCUGUGGAUUUUGCCGCUGGACUUCCCGGGAUGUUGGCAUGGCAGACAAGUCUGUCGCUAGUGGUGGCUGGCAGGAGCCGGAGAAUCCUCACACACAGAGGAUUAACAAACUGGUUGAGUACUACCAGCAGUUGGCUCAGAAAGAGAAGAUUGAGCGGGACCGGAAGAAGCUGGUGCGACGCCGAAACUACAUGCCCCUGGCCUUUUCGCAACACACUAUACACGUAGUGGACAAAUAUGGCUUGGGAACCAGGCUUCAACGCCAGAGGCCCGGAGCACCGAUCAGCGCCCUUGCUGGACUCUCCCUGAAAGAAGGGGAGGACCAAAAGGAGAUCAAGAUUGAGCCAGCUGAUGCAGUGGAAGAAGUGGAACCUCUUCCUGAGGAUUACUACACAAGACCAAUCAAUCUGACAGAAGUGACGACUCUGCGUCAGCGUCUGCUGCAGCCUGACUUCCAGCCAAUCUGUGCUUCCCAGCUCUACCCACGUCAUAAGCAUCUCCUGAUCAAACGUUCACUGCGCUGUCGGAAAUGUGAACAUAACCUGAGCAAACCAGAAUUCAAUCCGACAUCUAUCAAAUUCAAGAUCCAGCUGGUUGCUGUUAACUAUAUCCCUGAAGUGAGAAUCAUGUCUAUUCCCAACCUGCGCUACAUGAAGGAGAGCCAAGUCCUUCUGACUCUGACCAACCCAGUGGAGAACAUCACACACGUCACACUGCUGGAGUGCGAGGAGGGAGACCCUGACAACAUCAACAGCACUGCCAAGGUGGCAGUUCCUCCCAAGGAGCUUAUCCUGGCUGGCAAAGAUGCUGCGGCAGAAUAUGAUGAGCUGGCAGAGCCUCAAGACUUCCAGGAUGACCCUGACAUUAUUGCCUUCAGAAAAGCCAAUAAAGUGGGAGUUUUCAUCAAGGUCACCCCACAGAAAGAAGAGGGUGAAGUGACCGUGAGUUUCAAGAUGAAGCACGAGUUCAAAAACCUUGCUGCUCCAAUCCGGCCCAGUGAGGAGGGCGAUCACAACUCUGAGGUCAUCUGGCUUACCCAUCACGUGGAGCUCAGCCUCGGUCCAGUGCUUCCAUAAAUGCUCCCAACGCUUGCGCCCCGACAGCCGGCUGCAGGAUGGACUGUCACAGUGAAAAAAGGACCUGGUGAAACGUUCUGCAAGAGUUCCUUUGUGAUGUGUGGGUGUGUGCCACGGGCCCCAGCCAGGCUGUGAGAGGUGGCUGAGGGUGCUGUGGUUUGGGAUGGUUUGUUCUCUCUCCUCUUGUCGUAGUGCCCACUAACUA